AAAAGACUAAAGAGAAGAGUGGUCCAGUCCCAAAUUUGGCUUUUGCCUUGCGAGUUAGAAACAAGAAUCUAAGAUUGGCGAUCCCGAGGCCAGUUUUCAAUUUGAUUCGAUCAUCUUCAUCACCAACUUUUCCUUUUUCUUCCACAAAGUGAGUGGUAGAUGCGAACGAUGACAUGGCCUGUGUUGGAAAGGGACUUGGUUUCAUCUUUCUUCUUUAACCGUGCUAUGAAAUUGACGGCAUUAUCAUCAGGAAAUCCGCCCAAUGUGACAUGUAUAAUCACUAGAAGGCAAAAAUUACAGCACUAURUAAGGCAGUUGAGAGAGUUCUAUAGGUUCCUCUCGGUUCUUUGAACCCCACAAUGAACAAUGAGAACAACCGGGGGAGAAGACAGAACCCAUGGGUGUCUAAGGACUCGUCAGAGGUGAAUUUACAAGUUAGAAGAGCCUCUCAGUCUCGYAGAUAUUCUCCAAGCUUGUGUAACUGUGUAGGGAUGGGAUCCGUUGCUUCUAGACGACAACACUCCACCACGAUGUUGGAAUUGAAGGUGGCAGAAUUGGAGAGGGAGCUGCUGAAGCAGAAAGAAAUCCAGCUUAUUUUUAGGAAGAGGAUGGAUAGAGCACAAGAUUCUCUCAAGUGCUUUCUUCAGAAAGCACAGGACCGUGGAUUCUUGCACCUCAUAAUUGGAGACAGAGAUAACGUCGAUGUCRAUGGCGAUGGCAGCCCAAAUUGCAYUCAAAGUGCCGGUUCCAGCCCCACAAUGCCCUCCUCAAGCCGUCCGCUAGCAGACCUACAGCCACUCAUCGAGCAGGCAAAGCUCCAUGGUUGGUACAUCGAGCCACACGAGAUUGAAUUGAGGGAGAAGAUAGGGCAAGGAACCACAGCAAAAAUAUACAAAGCAACAUGGCGCGGUCUCGACGUUGCAGUGAAAUGCAUAAACCAAGACUUCUUCUGCUCAAACGAGUGCGGAGUAUCCUACUUUGCACAGGAGCUAGAGACGCUGUGUCGACAGCGCCACCGGUUCGUGCUGCAACUGAUGGGCGCAUGCCUGCAGCCGCCGGGUUGCGGGUGGGUGGUGACGGAGUUUUUAAGGAUGACGUUGCAGGAGUGGCUGCACGGGCCGGGAAAGAGGCAGAAGGAGAGGGCAAUUCCGCUGCCUCCAUAUGAAGAGAGGUUGUUGAAGGCACUUGAAAUAUCUCAAGGGAUGCAGUAUCUUCAUGAACAGAAGCCCAGAGUGAUUCAUCGUGAUCUGAAGCCCAGCAACAUUUUCUUGGACGAUGCCUUUCAUGUGAGAGUUGCUGAUUUUGGCCAUGCCCGUUUCUUGCAUGACACACAAUUGGCUCUCACCGGAGAAACAGGCAAGAUUUCAGGAACAUACGUUUAUAUGGCACCAGAGGUGAUUCGAUGUGAGCCUUACUCCGAAAAGAGCGAUGUAUAUAGCUUCGGAAUCAUAUUAAAUGAACUUAUAACAGGAAAAUAUCCUUAUAUUGAGAUAGAUUAUUCUCCCCUCAAGAUUGCCAUGGAAGUUGGAGAAGGCAACCUGAGACCGGAGCUUCCGGUGGACGAGGAUGGGGAGCUCGAGGAGCUUAUAGAACUUAUAACCGGUUGCUGGAAUGGAAAUGCUACCGUUAGACCAUCUUUUGCAGCCAUAACCGGYUGCUUGAGAAGAAUUCAAAACUAA